CGCUGGGGCUUCAGUUGAUACGAAAAAGUUACCCAAAAUGGCCACCAACUGGAGGUGGUCCAUAUUGGCGUUUAUCGUUGCUUUUCUGGCCGGAACUCGCAGUGAGAAUCUUGGAGACACCACACCCGGCGAAGAGGAGGAUUUCGGAGGCAGUACCAGUCCCAUUUCCAUAAUCGAUCAGACCACCGAUCGCCUCAUCAACGGGGAUCUCCGGAAAGCCGCCCGGGUGGAACCUCUGCCCGGCGGAAAACCCAGCUCCGGCGACGAACAGUACGAUGUCAUAGAUGUCUUGGAGUCCACCGGCACAGUGGUGGGCAAGCCCAAAAGCGGCCAGACCACCAGAAUCUACACCACCGGCGAGGUGGAUGAGAACUUCUGGCUGAAGCAUUUGGGUGACGAUUUCCGGCAUGCGAUUCACUUGCAGGUCGGAGGCACCAACGAGGAAUACAAUCGUCUGAUCAACCAGACCCAGAACGGAGUCCACGAGGAGGUGCAUCACGAGUACCUACCGGGAGCGGAAAGACCAGGAGCUGAGCAGUCGGCCUAUGGAAGGGGACAGAGUCAGAACUUUGACAAUCGGGCGGUGGCUUCGAAGCAGCAAUAUCUGAUGCAACAAAGGCAGCAGAAGCAACAACAACGCUACAACUACGCACAACAAUACACACCAAACACACAACAACAAUACACACCAAACACACAGCACACACCACAACAACAUCAACAACAAUACCAACCACAAACACCACACAGAAAUAUGAGAUAUCCAAAAAACCAGCAACAACCUCAGAGGGGAUAUAUCAUUAAUUCCAGCGAAGAUCAGUUGCACGCCGCCCAAUCGAAUCCCUCGGUGGUUCGCUCCUCCUCCUCCUCCGGGGGAGGUCCUGCACCAGGCGAGGAGCGGGAGUCCUUUGGCAGCCAACUGCCCUUCAAGUCGCCCUUCAACGACUACGGCAGUCGACCCACGAGGGAUCUCACCUACCUCCUCUACAAGAGGGGUCUCUGAAGUAGUCUUAAGUUCCUAAAAAAUAAGAAAAAAAAAACACAACACAUACAUGAGGCUGAAACACACAUGAAACACAACAUAC